UACGCCUAUGGUGCAGUGUUCCAUGUCCGCUCUGCUAACUGUGCCACUCAUACAUUUAGAUUUUUACGUUUUGCGUCAAAAACCAGACAGUGCUUAUCUGAGUUCCUAUCUGAAGACGUUGUUUUGUUGGUCGCUUACUCUCUAGCUCUUGUAGGAUCUUGGUCGGAUAUGGUUUUUUCCCCAAACCGCAGCUCGGACAUAUUAUCAACAAUUGUGCAUGAUGGUGUAUUGCCAGUGUAAUUUAAGUUCAUGAUGUGAAUCAAAUCUGUACAGUUUGAGUUCAGUUCUUCCAGCGAUGGCCAGGUUUAGUGUUAGUUCCAUGUUUUCUACUAGUGUUUUAAUGACUUUAUUGUGCUUGGUCCAGAAAGGGCACUUUCUGGCGCAUUUCCGAAAAGGACCAAAUUCUGUGACGAGAGCAGUAUCAAUAUCACAGUCACCGAUAUACCACGAACAGUAUUUAGAAUGUCGAAAUCAAAUAUGUGAGAGGGCCGACGACUAUCCGGAGAAAGAAAUAUUACGUAUAAUGCAAGAUACAGAACACAUAGAAGGAUUUUUUGGAUAUAUCUUAAAUUCCACUACGACCAGAGCCACGAUUAAUAUACAUACCAGGUUUGGUAGCGGAAAGGGCGAAAGGUUAUGUCAAAUAGGAUACAACGGUACUUUUACCCCAAGAGUGCUAAGGAAUGUUGGACUACAAUGGAAAUACGUUGUUAAUGUAGAAGGAUAUCAUCAACGGUUUACUUCAGAAAUUUGCAAGUAUCCACAUGGCAGUACAGAUCCAGGAGUGACGGAUCAACACUGCACGACAUUCGGCUACAACUGCAAACAGACUUUCACAGAAGUCUAUCUGCUCACCUACGAAGAUUACCUCAUCGAUUUCGAUAAAUUCAUGAUACCUACUAAAUGCACCUGCGAUUGUGAUUCCUAAAUAUUCCUAUAGGCUAUUGAUUCUGUACUUUAUUAGAAAGAAACUACACGGUUAUAGGUGUUUUAUUGUUUCAUGUAGUAAAUGGACCCCCAACUCAGAAAAAAUCGCGAAAUUUAAAGGAGUGCAUUCUGAGAACGGAGUUGUAACAAAAAUAAUAUUGAACAACCCUGCCGGAGGAAAUGUCAACGGACAACGCCCCACGUUGGGCGCCAAAUUAUAAGGAAAAGGGGGUAGUAGGUACAUGAGUAUAAGGGUUUAUUUCGGGUGUCUCGUACUUCUAACUUCAACUGCACUGUAACUGCAAGACUGCAACUCUAGGUUGAAACAAAUAAAAGUAGCACAUUACUGUGUGUUGUAUAUUAAUUGCCAAAAGAACAAAUACAAGUCAACUAAAUCAUAACUUUAUCGUUGAAGGCUGGAUGAGGAAUAGCGGGAAAUGUCUCUCUGUGACAGCCGUUGACAGGUUCCUACGUCAGUGGGCGACAGGGUUGCCAAAUAUAAUUUUUGUUACAGAGGGAAUUAGUUACUAUGCACUGGGGAGCAUUAGGGUGAUUUAUAUAGUAUACACUUUUAGUAUAAAAAUAAAUGAUUUAAAAAAAUUAUAUUAUAAAAACAAAGCAAAAGGAUGCAACAAAAUCAACGCGAUUUUUUUGCCCCAUAACUAUUUUUCAAGGUGGUAUAGGUGCUAGCAUUGCUUCACAAAAAAAUAUGUCUAUCCUUUUUCUUAAGUCUGACGGUUUAUUAGAAGCCCUAGAGUUUAUAGUACAGCCAAACCCGCUUAUUAGAAUACCUCUUAAAGGAAUAUCCCGGUUAAAGGAAUAGAAAUUUGAGGUCCCGAAACGUUUCUACUACCGACUAAUCAUCGGUUAUUAGAAUAUCCCGGUUAUAGGAAUACUUCUGAUUGGCACGAAGGCUAUUCCAAUAAGCGGGUUCGACUGUAUAAGAGAUCUGAUUUUCAAAGUUCGCCGUUCCCAGCAUUUUUGGGUAACUUUUCCUAUUUUUUCUCAAACAUUUCUCUAAAAAUUUUGGAAUUUUGACACGCUGAAUAGGCAGGAAGUGCGGUGCAAAUUAUAGGCCUCCCCAUGUCUCCUUUUAUUCAGCAUUCGUUUGGUUUGCAAGUCAUAGAAAUCACGAAGGCGUAACUAGAAACUUGGUCUCAUUAGAGAUUUUAUUUCUCCGGAAAUAAAACUUCGAAUUGUUUUAAACAGAUGUCGCUGUAUGUUUUAAACAGAUAUAUCGAAUUAUUAUGUCGUGAUUCGGUACUGAUACGAUACGUGGUUGGUUUCGGUUCGUUCAGAGAUAGCCAUAUAUACAGUCUCUGAAGAUCUCUAAUGAUUUACAACCAAUAAGGGUAUUUAUGGCGCUAUAAGACGUAUUAUACUGAAAUAUAAUACGUCUCUUGCAGAAUGUAGUUCUUCAAAAUCUUCUGCUUUUAACGAUUUUCAUUAGUGUUUACGUCUAUUUUUUAAAUUCCUGCUUCUAACUUCGUUCUUUGCACAUUUAGGUAAAUAGCUACAUUGGUAAAUAAGAAAGAACGCUUAUUUUCUAUAAUUGAAAAUGGUCUAUUUUAAAAGAUUCUGGAACUAACUAUAACUUCUUAUUCUUAUACAUUGCCGUAACACAAAAAUAUCCAUAAAGUCAGUAAAAAUAGUUACAAGCAGUGGCGACGCGUGACUUUUUCUAAAGUGUUACCAAAACCAGAUGCAAAAAAUCUUAUUUAAAAAAAUGAAGAUAUGGCUAAAGCUUCAAUAAUAUCAUUUUGUUCAUCACUUGAAACUCUCGAAAAAACAGUUGAUGUUUCUAGAUGUUGGCAAAAUGUUUGACCUUUUUUGGUAACGUGUAACAAAGUAUAAUAAAGUGCAACUGAGUCACAUAAACUCGCCAAUAUUUUCGUGUGUCUACGAGUAGUUGGCUAUUUACUGAAUUAGGUACUAUUAACACAUAAUAUAUAAUUCUAUUGGUAAAAAUAUAAAUGGAAUUAUUUCACAGUAGUCAUAAAAUACAUAAAAUAUUUAUUUGCAAGAUUUUUAAAUGUUACCAAUGGUAAGAGUGGUUACAUGGACGCUUCGCCAGUGGUUGCAAGCAUCACAUUUUGAUGAACCAUAAUAUCUUGGAUACCUUUAGCCCUAGAAACAUUUACACUAAAUAUAGCAUUUUAAAGUACAGAAAAUAAGAUUUCUCACUUAUUUAACAAUGUAUGGUACCUAAAUGAACAAGGAACGAAAUUAAAACAAGAAAUUUAAAAAAUAGCCGUAAAGGUUACCAAAAAUCGUCCUUUUUCUUUUUCAUGUGCCAUCAUCAUGGUAAUUAGCACUUUCGAUACUGCUGCUUUAAAGAGAUCAGCAUAAGUGCAGUUAAACAAAGCUCUCAAAUUGUUUAACCAGGAGAUGCCUCUUCUUCCAAUCGUUGAAAGUAGACAACGUUGGAGAACCAUAUCGUUCUAGAAUCAUUUACGAUAUACCAUUUUAAAAGUAAUUAAUUUUUCGUUCUAUUAAACGACCAUCAUUACAUAUAGGUACCUAACUAAAGCUGCGUAAAAAAUAUAUAACAAAUGUUUUACGAAAAAAUAGGGAAAACGGCCUUAAAUGGAGUGAGUGGGAGAUUAGAAAAAUUGUAUCUCGAACACUUUGAAUCCUGAAGAGUUUUACCAACCGUCGUUUUGAACAAAAAGAAGUUUUUUUUUGUGAAGCGAUCUUGGUAUCUCUGUAACACUCCGAGGUUUUUUCAUAUUUGGACAUUUCAUAUUUGACCAUGAAACAAUAGAACUCCUUUAAUGUUCUGGUUCGUUUUAGUCCUCUUGUUACUAACAUAAUCAAUAGCCUACAAAGUAGAUUAACCGAACAAAUUAGAUGUAAAGAUAUAAACGAUUGUUUUAUCGGUCUUUAUUUUUUUUUGUGCGGUAGAUUUACUUAGUUGAUGUAAAAUGUUGUCGACUUCAAGGACAUUUAAGUCAUUAUCCGUUAUUAACAUUCCGCAAAAAGACUCGAUUAGACUUCUUCAAGAUCAAAUGAAAAACUUUUUAAAAUUAGUCAAUAUUUAUUCAAAACUAUUAGUAAUGAUAUAUUAUUAUUUUUGAUAACUAAUUGCUGAUUUUUAUAGAGACAAUAACAAAGUAGCUCAAAAGAAUAGGUUCUUGAAUGAUAGGAUCUUAAUGUGAUAAUUCAUUUUUGGGUGUUAAAGGUGCAUUAUGCACCUUGUUAUAUACAGGGUGUAUGAAAAGAAGCGGGAAAAUACGUUUUCAAUAUUUUUCAAAAAUCUAUUGAAUUACACCAAACACUACCCUCCAGCCUCACCCCCUACAACGGGUAAGGGUAACUUUAAAAUGUUAAAUAGGAAACCCCAUUUUUUUCUUGCAGAUUUGGAUUUCUCAUAAAAAAAUACACAAAAAAAUAAGUAAAUUUUGUCUCGAACUUCUUUCUCGUUAUUGAUAGAUUGCGCUAUAAUUGGAAAAAACCACUCACCGUCAUACCACAGGUAAAUUAUAGAAACGAUCUAAUAUCUCGAGAUAAUAGACCUUUUUCAUAAUUUUCCUAUGGUAUACCUAAGCAUAAAAUAGCACCAUCUAUAAAUAUUUCGAAAAAAUGGGUCUUCUUGUUUAAAUUAUAAAGUUGUACCCCACCCAAAUACACUUGUUUUUGAGUUUUUCGAUCUAAUGUUCGUUUCGCGAAAUAUUCGACGUUCUCUCUUCUUUUCACAGACCCUAUAUAUUUUGAAUAUAAUUGUAUAUUAUUAUAGUUUAAUGUUAUAUUUAUGAAUUUACUGUAUCUGAAAUAUAUGGUAUUUUUACUACAAAAGCAAGAUUACGUAGGUCAAAAUUUCUGACGUAAAAGCACUGUCAAAACAUUAGGAUGUGACUUUUGAUCAUGGCCACGUUAAUGUCAUUACUUGUCAGAUACAGUCGAACCCGCUUAUUAGAAUACCUGUUAAAGGAAUAUCCCGCUUUAAGGAAUAGAAACUCGAGGUCCCGGAACGUUUUUUCUGGCCACCAAUGAUCGGUUAUUAGAAUAUCUCGGUUAUAGGAAUACUUUUGUUUGGCACGAAGGCUAUUCCAAUAAGCGGGUUCGACUGUAUUUCCUUUGUUUUUGUUUACUAUACGCUGUGAGCUCGCACGUAGAGGGGAUAUUUACAAAUUCGCGAGCGCCAGUAGUGACAAGUCUGCAAACGUUUACCGGAAAUUUGACAUAAAUGUCAAAGUGAUUAAUUUAAAAUUAAAUUUAAAAACAUUAAUGAUAAAAAAUAUUAGUUGGUCAAAGCUGUGGUAUAUAUUUUUACAUUAAAUAUACUUACGUUUUAAAUACUGAAUUUAAGUUUUUUUAAUGUUCCGUAAUAUGUAAUUAUAAAUUAAUGUAUUAAUCUUAGCGCCAUCUACACGAUAAUUGUGAAAGUAUCCGAAGUAAGAAAUUCAUAUUUUAUCAAUAGAACGUCAAAAUGAUUAGCAAAAUCUUAAAAAAAAUCGAUUACAAUUUAAUUACUUUUUUGCGUUGUAAAUAUUAAGCGAUAACAAUUAAAUAAUAAAUUUAAAAAUUACCGGUGAAAGUUGAAUUAGUAAUCCGCCAGUAGCGACACCAGCGAAGCUCAGAGCGUAUAAAAAUAAUAUCUAUAAUUCUUUAUUCUAAUUAAUGAUGUCAAUCGGAUUUCAUCAAUUGCCGAAAUAUAUUAAUCAUAUGCCAAAAUAUUUGUUAAUGUUAACGAAAAUAAUGAUAUUCCUUAACAUCAACUCUAGAAUUAAAAUUUGUGUAACACAGCUAAAAUACGACAACCAACACGGAACUGCCUGAUCUUGUAUAUAAUAAGCGUCCACAUGGUAUUUUAAUAAAAAAAAACGUAAUCGCGAUCACAUUGAGAAUUUUAGAAUUAUAUUAAUUAAAUAACCAAAAUUAUUUAUUAUUAAUAUGACAGAAGCUCGAAACAAAUGACUAUGAAUGAAAAGCCCUAUAAUAUAAAUUUUCUAAAACAAUUAUUUAAGUUCAAUAUUCCAAAAAAUAAUAAUUUUAGUUAAAUAUUUUAGACAUUCGUACACCACUCAUAAGUUCAUUCAAAGGCAAAUGACAGUUCAGUGUUGCUGGUUGCGAUCAAUUAUGCUGUGAGCUGUGAAAUAAUCUAUUUUAAUGAUUAUACCUGCACUAUGAUAAUAUUGUUGCUAAUUAAUAUAUUUCGGCAAGUAAUGAAAACCAACUGACAUCAUUUAUUAGAAUAAAUAAUUAUAGAUAUUAUUUUUAUAGUAAACAAAAACAAAGAAAAAUAUCUCUGACAAGUAGGUAAUGACAUAAACGUGGCCAUGAUGAAAAGUCACAUUCUAAUGUUUUGACAGUGCUCAUACGUCAAAAAUUUUGACCUACGUAAUCUUGCCUUUGUAGUAAAAAUACUAUACACACUGUGACAUUGCAAAUACAAAGCUCAUUAGAUAUAAGCAUUUUUUAUACAUUUUUAUACACGAUGUUAUAUACAGGACUGUCUCUCAUAGCAAUACAUUUAAUAGAGCCAAACCCUCUCAAAAAAUUUUAAUGUAAGAUCUCCUAAGAGAUCUUUUUUCCGCAAAAUAUUUCAAGAUCUCCUAAAAUCAAGAUCUCUUUUAUUCUCCUUACCUUAAGAUAUAAAGUAAUAUUUUUGAGGCGCUCAGAGCAAUAGUGGCCUAACCCCAAAAACGAAGUUUUGAGAUAAAUGCAAUCUUUGCAUUCCUAUUUCCAUUAUGCUUAUGGGAUGGCGCUACAAAUUAGGUAGCGCCAUUUAGCCAAAUAUAGAAGUAGGUUGUGUAGACCCUUGUUAAUCCGAAGAUUUAAUAUUGAUAUAUUAAUCUAAAAAUGCUCAAUUUGUGGCUUAGGCCACUGUUGGUCUGAGCGCCUUAUUUAUAGGCUGAUAUAAUGUACAGCGAUAGUAACAAUGUUAUUCGGCUCUCAAUAGGUUUAUACCUCAUGAAAAAAAGAUACGUGCGUGUCAAAUUGUACAUAUAGUGUAAUUUGUAUUCUAUGAUAUUAAUUUUAUUUUAAUAAAGUUUUAUCUUAAAUUA